UAUUUACUCGCGAGGGCUGAGGGCGGGAAGAGGGAAACCUGCUAGACACGCUCACCGUAUUUUACAGUUGACACCUUGCCGUUUCACGUCUUCACGCAGAAUCUAAGUUUCCUUUCUCAAGAAUCUCCACUCCCUCGAAAUGGCUCGAAAUAAGGAGACAGUGGUUUUGUUGCUUGAUGUUGGUCCUUCCAUGCAUGGUAUCUUGCCUCAGAUUGAAAGUAUAUGCUCCAGGCUAGUACAAACGAAGCUGAUUUACCAUAAGUAUGAUGAAGUAGCAAUUGUUUUAUUUGGAACUGAAGAUACGAACAAUGAUUUAAGGAGGGAAAUAGGUGGAUAUGGGAACAUAGUUGUGCUACAAAAUAUCAAGGUUGUUGAUGGAGACCUUGUAGAUGUUCUUCAGAAGCUUCCACGUGGAACUGUUGCUGGUGAUUUUAUUGAUGCAAUUGUCGUUGGGAUGGAUAUGCUAAUUAAAAAAUAUGGACAGACAAACAAGGGAAAAAAAAGACUUUGCCUCAUCACAAAUGCACUUCAUCCUAGUAAGGAUCCCUAUGAAGGUACCAAAGAGGAUCAAGCCAGCACCAUUGCUGCUCAGAUGGCUAGUCAUGGAAUGAAAAUGGACUGUGUAAUUGUGAGGCAGAAUCUAAACUUAGAUGGAGAUAGGAAAUUUCUUGAGGAGAAUGACAAAUUGUUGGGUAUAUUUUCAAAAACUUCCUCAAAGAUACUAUAUGUGGAUAACUCCAUUUCGUUAUUGGGUGCUCUUAGAAGCCGGAGAAUAGCUCCCGUCACAUUAUAUAGGGGUGAUCUUGAAAUGAGCUCUAGUUUAAAAAUAAAGGUGUGGGUUUACAAGAAAACAGCUGAAGAAAGAUUCCCCACGCUGAAAAAGUAUUCUGACAAAGCACCACAAACAGAUAAGUUUGCUACACAUGAAAUCAAGGUUGAUUAUCAGUACCGAAGUGUUCAAGAUCCUGCCAGAAUUGUACCUCCAGAACAAAGAAUUAAGGGGUACCGGUAUGGGCCACAAGUAGUUCCUAUUUCUACUGCAGAAUGGGAUGCUGUGAAGUUCAAACCUGAGAAGAGUGUAAAACUUCUUGGAUUUACGGACGCUUCAAAUAUAAUGCGACACUAUUAUGUGAAAGAUGUAUCCAUCUUUAUUGCUGAACCGGGCAAUACCAAGGCGAUCCUUGCAGUUUCUGCCUUGGCUAGAGCAAUGAAGGAAAUGAAGAAAGUGGCAAUUCUAAGGUGUGUUUGGAGACAAGGACAAGGAAAUGUUGUCUUAGGAGUAUUGACUCCAAAUGUUUCUGAGAAGAAUAAUGUUCCUGACUCGUUUUACUUCAAUGUGCUUCCUUUUGCUGAGGAUGUUCGUGAGUUUCAGUUUCCUUCUUUUGGUAGCUUUCCUCAAUCAUUGCUGCCAAAUGAGCAGCAGCAGGAGGCUGCAGAUAACUUGGUAAAGAUGUUUGACCUUGCACCAGAUGGCGAAGAGGAAGCUUUGCAGCCUGAUAUCACUCCAAAUCCUAUCCUAGAGCGUUUCUAUCGCCACCUGGAAUUGAAAACAAAAUUCCCUGAUGCGGCAAUUCCUCCACUUGAUGACACACUAAAGAAGAUAACAGAACCCGGUCCAGAAACUAUAUCACGUUGCGGACCUGUCUUGGAUGAAUUUUGUAGGCUCUUCCAAUUGAAGGACAAUCCCAAGAUGAAGAAAUCAGCUAAACGUCUGCGCCAUAAGCCAUCCGAAUCAGACGAGGAGAGAGAGAUUAAAAGAAAUGCAAAUGCUGGCGAAACUGUUAAUUAUAAAGGAAGUUUGUCUGUUGUUCUAAAAGUUGAGGAAAUUGGGGAAUUGAACCCUGUUCAAGAUUUUGAAGCAAUUAUGUCUAGAAGGGACAGUCCUGAGUGGGUUAACAAAGCAAUUAAUGGUAUGAAAGCCAAAAUAAUUCAGCUGGUCGAGAACUCCUCUGAGAUCGACACAUAUCAAAAGGCAAUGGAAUGUUUAAAUGCUCUUCGCAAGGGUUGCAUUGCUGAACAGGAACCGGGGCAAUUCAAUGACUUUAUACGUGAAGUAUAUAAGUUAUGCCAGGAAAAAGACCGUAAAAGCUUCUGUGAGUUAAUGACAUCAAGAGGGAUAUCUUUAAUUACCAAGAGCGAAGCAAAUGACAGUGAUGUUAAAGAAGAGGAGGCAAAGAGUUUCAUGGUCAAAAUAGAGCCAUAAUGUUCCAAAGGAAGGUACAAGCUUAUAUUUCCUUUUUUUGUGUGUUGUUUUAGUGAAUUAGUUUUGAUGAUCUUAUUUUUGUCCAUAAAAUGAAAUUUAUCUAAACAAAGGAUUUGUAACUUUAUGUUUACUUUCUAUGUUUAUUCCCCUAUUACAAAUUGAGGAAAUAUAUUGGCAUAAAGACUAAACACCCAAUGUACCAGU